GGCGUUGUGAGGGGAGGGGCGGACGGUGUUGGCUGUUUUGUAUUUUUGAACGUGACGGGCCUGUCGUGAUUGUCAUCCACGUUGUGGAUUCAGUCACUCGUGGACGUGAAGUGGGUGUUUUAUGGGUGGAAACAGCCCGAGUAAUCUCCACCAUGACGAAGGGGAAGGUGGAGGCGUUACUUUGGUGGAGGGCAUUCGGCUGUCGGACCGAGUCAUCAAACGAAUGAGACAGAAGCCGGUCAACCCUCCGUCGCCAACUCCGAGUCCGCCGCCUCACGCCAACUCCACCGGCCCGACCUCGUCGGUGGAGCACUUGCUGCCUCUUCUGACAGCUCCUCCUCCUGCGCAGGAAGGGCCUCCUGCACCAGGCCACCUUCCUGGAAAACGUGGCCCUCCUCCGCGUGUCACCUUUCAACCCCCUCCUCCAGCGACCACACCUGUAGGACCAGUCCCUGCGCCUCCAGCUGAGCCUCCUCCUCUGCCUGUGGAGUCCAUUCUUCUACCUCCAAAUGGGACCACUACACUUCCUCCUCCUCCACCUGCAGAGCCAGCACCUGCACCUCCUACUCCGCCUGUAGAGUCCAUUCAUCUACCUCCAACUCAGCCUACGCCACCUCCUCCUCCACAAGUAGACCAAGCACCUGAACCUCCAGAGUCCAUUCUUCUACCUCCAUCUGAGUCCACUCCACCUCCUCCUCCACCCGUGGAGUCCGUUCUUGUCGCUCCUGUCGCCCCCCCGCCUCCGCCUUGUUGCCCCGGUGUGAAUCUGGCAGCGGUGGUGCCCCCCCACGAGGGACCCAGCGAAAGCUUCCCCCCGCCGCCCGCCAAGGAGCCGCCGCCAUUCCUUGAAGUGGAGAAGGAAGUCCAGGCAGCGCCCCCUGCAGGAGCGGCCUCUCUGGUUUCGCCGGAGGUUUUGGAGAAGGAAGUGAGGCGGAAAAUGAAGGAGGAGAUGGACCGAGGUCUUCAGAAGGAGAUUGAGCGCAGGAGGGAGGAGCUACAGCUGCAGCUCGAAGCGAUGCGGGCGCAGAGCCACGCGGCAGCCGGCUCGCGGGCCGAGGCCGAGGUGGCGGAGCGGGUGAAGGCGGCGCUGGAGGCAGACAAGGCGGCGUACGAGGCCGGCCUCCGGCGAGCCGUCGCAGAUGAGCGCCGCGGGACGGAGGACGAGAGGCUGGUGAUGCAGCUUUACGCUCGGCAGCUGGAGGAGAAGGAGGAAGCCUCGAGGAGACGAGGCGCUCUCUACGAGGGGCGCAUCGCCAAACUUGAAGCCAAGUGCACCGACUUCUACAAAGCGACCGCUGAGAGUUUCCAAAAAGGCAAAGAGGACGCACACCGGCGUUUUACGCGCUUCAACAUUCAGCCAGUGUGUGGAGAUUUGCAGAGUCAAGUGCUGAAAUGUUACCAAGAGCAACCGGGAAAGAGUCUGUGUUGCUCCGGGAUCGCGUCUGCUUACAUGCGAUGUGUGCAGCAGGCCAAGAAAAGUCGACCGAGCACUGCAAGAUAAUCAUCGUUAGUAUCACUUGUGACUUAUUAGACCACUGGUGAGGGCAACGUGACACACUUUUCAGUUUCCUUCACUCGCACAGACGGCAAGGUAGUUUCUCGUUUUUUACAUGCACUGCAUUCUUUGCUUUUUGGGCUCGUCUUCAAACCAACUGUGCUCAUCACAAGUCAUCACAAUGGGUUGAAAGUAUUUCCGAGCCCGUUUUAGUUUGAGGGCGGUUUGGAUUCAAGUCCGGAAUAUUCUGCUAUCGUAUAACAUGUAACGCGCUUUGAAAUUGUGAAUAAUCUCUCAAUAAACUUUUGCACAAGACAAUUAUUGCUUUCGGUAUCUCUAGUUGGGAUGAACCAAAUCUACCUCCAUUCUUUUAUUUUCUGUGCUGCAUAUCCCGUUCAGGCUCACGAGUACGCCGGAUGGAGCCCGUCCCAACUGGAUUUGGCGCAAAGGGCAAGGCACAGGGCACCCUGAACUAGUCGCCAGGCAAUCACAGGACAGUGUUCCUCUGAGCCUAUUCACGAUUCGCUACUUGCAGCUUUACCAAUGCCCUGAUUUCUUUUUUUAACCUGUGCUCUGUUAUUUGCGGAAAAACUUGCCCGCUCGCCGUUUUUGUGCGCUUUCUGAAACUCCCUAACAUGCCACAAGAUGGCUUCAAAACCCUGUCGAAUACAAAAAUAGUGCUUUGGCAAGGGGAUCACUGAACUAGAAAGCUUUAACGAAUGAUUAAAACUAGUACCAGUAUGUCUGCCAUGGCAAUUGAAAUCACAUUCAAAGUUAAGGGAAUUGAAUUUAAAAGGUGUAGGAGGAAAGUAGUCAGACAUUGUCACUGGUGUUAAACUGUAAAAUAAAGAAUGUAGUUAAGUAUGUUGGGUGGCGAAAAGAAAUAACAGUGGUUUAAAAAUUGAUCCUUGCGGGACCUCAAGAAAAUGUAAAGAGACUUUGCUUUUGAAGAUCCUUGAGGGAGCCUCCAAACGAGUUUGGGUGGGCAUUAACCCGCCCACCCCUACCCCCACCCUUUGACAAAUAGAUUUUUCUUAGAGGAAAAAAAGUCAUUCAAGGUGGGAAAUUCCACACACCCCACCCCCGACUAUUGGUUUUCAAGGGCAUCACCAUCGCCUCGUGUGCCCUAGGCUGCAACACACUUUUGCACACAACUGCUGACACAAGAAUGACCGUCUCCUUGGAUAUCAGUAUGUCUGUAUUAUACUGGGCGUCACGGUGGACGACUGGUUAGAGCGUCUGCCUCACAGUUCUGAUGACCAUGGUUCAAUCCCCGGCCCUGCCUGUGUGGAGUUUGCAUGUGCUCCCCGUGCCUGCGUGGGUUUUCUCCGGGCACUCCGGUUUCCUCCCACAUCCCAAGAACAUGCAUGCUAGGUUAAUUGAAGACUCUAAAUUGCCCGUCGGUGUGAAUGUGAGUGCGAAUGGUUGUUUGUUUGUAUGUGCCCUGCGAUUGGCUGGCAACCGGUUCAGGGUGUACCCCGCCUCCUGCCCGAUGAUAGUUGGGAUAGGCUCCAGCACGCCCGCGACCCUAGUGAGGAGAAGCGGCUCAGAAAAUGGAUGGAUGGAUGUAUUAUACUGCCCCCAGGUGGCUAAGAUUAAGAUGCUCACACCAGAAAUAGCGCCACAAUCUCCAUUGAAUUGAAUCAAAAAUAUGCCAAAAACAGAUCAAUUCUUUACAUUCUAUUGAAUUGUGUGUAAUUGCUAUAUGUUUUUAUAAUGCACUAUAUUAUAGAGUACUUCUUUUUUGUUUAAAAAAUACAGCAAAAUGUUGGUCUGUUUUUUUUUUUUGUUUUUUGUUUUUGGGCUGGAACGAAUUAAUAGCAUUUCCAUUCAUUUCAAUGGGGGAAGACGAUUUGCGAUACAAGGAGUCACGGGGGUGGUCACGGAACGAAUUAAACUCAAUGAAUCUGUACUUAAGAGCCGAGUGUGAGUACCUUUGCCACCUCUGGGAGUGUUUGACUUUUGAAUGAGCCAACUAAAGAAUGCGAACAAUAUUGUGACUUCUUCAACCUUUCUGCAGCCCCACAAACUGGGAAAGUCCCUCGGGAAAGGGAAACGGAAAGUGGAAAUCGGAUCUGUGUGUUGACGGCAGGUGAGAGUCCGCGACUCACGGCGGAGGCAUCUCACCCGGCAUUCUUUGGCCUUCCUCCGCCGUGACUGUCAGACGCAGUUGUGGAAUGACUGCAGGCGUGGUGCCCGCAUAUCCCGCGCGUCGCGCCUCUUCACGCCUCGCUCAUGCGCGCACGCUUCCCGGACGUACGUUCCCGUACGCUGAGUCAGACCGCCGCAACGUGACUUGCCCCUUUCGGCCUUUUAUUUGGGCAUCCAGAGGAGGCCGCGGGAAGUGGCUGUGGGGAGUGAGUCACCGCGCUCCUCACCCUCAUCCUGGACCAGAAGUGCCAAAAGUAGUACUCAUCGGCUGUACUUAAUUAGCAGUGCAGAUACAUGUGGGAAAAACAAUAUCGUAAAAGCAGAAGUUAUUGAUUGAUUGAGUCCUUUUUCAUGUCAUGUCGUCACCUGAGGAGGUUGAAAAAAGUGACGAGUCUAAAAUAAAUACACUAGCGAAGUACAGAUACCUGAACAUUUUGCUUAAGUCCAGUACUUCCGGCUGUGUGUGAUGGAAAUAUAUGCUUUGUCAUGCUCUGGGUGUGCGUGCGUGCGUGCGUGCGUGCGUGUGUGUGUGUGUGUGUGUGUGUGUGAGAGAGAGCGAGGGUGUUGACUCACUGCCUCACUAAAAGUGGAGAAGCAGAGGACAAACAGCUCACACUGACGGUAAAGCUCGAGGAAAGAGGGAGGUACCAGGAGGCUGGCGCGCCCCUCUCUCCUCUCAUCUCACACACGCACACACACACACACACACACACACUCGCACGAUGCUCUGCUUUCUUCUGGAGAGCGGGGAUGGAUGGCCGACAUCUUCCGGGGAAGGAAUAAGCAAUUGUAUGCCAACCCUUCCACUGCAAGGAAACCAAUGUGACUCGAUGGUGCCUGGAUGUUGGGGAGCUUUCUGGCGCCACCUAGCGUUGGCGGUCUGAACCACGCCUAAAUCUCCGGGCACCACUUUACUGUACGUAUAUGUCAAAAGUCUUCAAACCUUGAUUGCGUCAUUUCACUAACCGCAAAAAGCAAACGUAGCAAAGGAAGGAAUGAUGGCGCAGCCCCUCGUUGCGACUCACUGCCUCUGUGGCAAUAAGUUGCUUGACUCAGAACUUGUUUUUGCGCUUAAAAUGAGUCUGAUUCAAGAUGAGAGCUCGAGGAUUGAGUUUCCAUUACGUCGCGACCAGCUCAGCUUUGAUCUCAUUUGCUAGUGGAGCAACAUAAAGUGUAUUCCCUUCCAUGUUGAUGAUACGAGCAUCACAGUUGAAGAGUUUGAAGUCGCCUUUUUUGGCCCCUCUUCAAGCAGAUCCGAUUCUUGCGUCCACACACACAAGGAGAGAAUGUAUCCAGUGGCAGCAUUAAAGUCUCCCAGCGGCGAGCGUUUGCUAGCUGGGCCUUUAGUUGGGACAAAAUCCACCAAUGUCACUUCACAAUUAUAGGAACCAGCAAUACCAUACAAAAACGCAAGAUACAUAAGAGCUCGCAACUGUGCCACGUACAUCAUCUGGAGCACUUCCAUCAAUCAAUCAAUAUUGAUCUAAUAACAGGGCAAACAUGUAAAUAAAAUGCAUCAUAAUCACCAGAGAUGCUGACUCAUGGGUGCCGAUCGCUGUAGACGUGUUUUGCUAGUCGAACUCGGUUUCCUUUGACCAACUGUGACAGGUUUAGCUCAGACCAACCAAUCAGAGGACGGGAAAAGGAUGACAUCAUCCAGGACCAGCACCCUGAAGCUACAUGGGCCAGCGCUACUGACCACUUGUGAAGGCCCUGGGCAGAUUACAUUCACAUAGGAACACCUGCAGGCUCAAAUCUGAUUGGACCAAAUAGUCUGACGUACCGGAAGCCGUGCAGCCAAGAGAAACUAAUUAUACACCUUUCCCGUUUAUUGUGUACGUGAGUGUAUAUAUUGUAAGGAUGAUAUAAAUCAUAUUGAUGAUUUUUGUCAUUGUGACAUGAUGGCGGCUGAUUUAUUAAGAGGUGGAUUAAAUUGGGUAACUCUGUAACUGUUGCGACGCAUACAGUACUUGAUGUGUUCGUGUUUUCUUUGAGCUGAUGGCGUCAGGACGCCACAUGAGUUCUCCUCUGAACCGAAGGACUGCACUCGGAAACUGAUUUCAUUUGGUGACGUAGAUGUUUGUAACAAGUCUCUAGCACCAUAUGAAAUCAGGGUUCUGGGAAGCGGACUCUCUACUUCAGACAUGAGCACGCGGGAACAUAAAGUAGGACAAGUAGGUCACGUUUUUGGUACGUCAAACUAAAGUGGGCCCAGCUCCUGUCCUCUUUUCUCUCAUUGUUUGGGUGUCUUGCCUCCGUGGGUCCCAAAUGAUGCGUUCAAGUCCAAUGGGAUGUAUGGAAGACACGCAAUCAUCCCACAAGUGGACAAUACAGGAGAAAAUGGGAAAUUAGAAAACAUGGAAGGGUGAUUCUGCAUUUGCUGUAAGGAGGGUAGUACCCCACCAGUUCCAGCAGGUGGUGCUGUUGACAAUGCAAUUUAUAUUAAAUACACUCUAGGAAUCAAAUGCUAAAUUAAUGUUUGAAUAAAGUUGUCUCAUAACCCUCA